GAAACAAAAUUAAGAAACACCUUUGUUUCUCAAUAUGGCCAAAAUGCUAAUAAAACACAAAAAAAAAAUUCCGUUGUUGUUAUUAUUAGUGCUCUUUGCAUUCCAAAUGUCAAGUGCAAUGCCAAUCACAGACGUACACAAUUUUUGCAAGGAAACGUUUGAAGUAGAUUUCUGCCUGAAAUACAUUGGGUCGGACCAACGUAUGGUAGCCGCACGCGACUUCAGUGACAUGUUUUUAAUUACGAUAUCUGAGACCCAAAUUCAAGUGACCAAUGCAAUUACACAUAUCAACAAUAUCCGCCAAAGUUUAAAUGAUCCGCUUGGGAAGAAUCGGAUCGGUUUAUGCGAGGAAAAAUACGAGGUCGCGGCCACUAGUUUUCACAAGGCUUGGGAAAUUGGACAGAAAAAGUCAAAUUCAUCAACGGACCGUAUGGAGAUAACCCGAAGCACGCAAGCUGGCUUUGAUGCUGUGUGUGAGUGCGAAGACGAAUGGUCAAAGCAUGGUCCGAGACAGGAGUCUCCUCUCACUUUCUAUUACCAUAAUGUUCUAAAACUAUGUCAAAUUACUCGUCUUAUUAUCAGCAAGCUUGAGGCUUAAGUUGUAUUGGAAUUUGAUUUACGUACUUAGGAUAUUAAUUGGUUUUAGCUUAUUCACUCACACUUUAAACAAACUCGAUUUUUCUCUGUUUCUAGUUUAUAAACCCGGUUUUUGUAACUAUCUGUAAUAUUUAUUGGUUAAAUGAAUAAAACCUAUUUGAUGUU